AGGUCUUGGGCGGUCCGGUUGUGCCGGCUAGUCAGUCUUACUCUCGACUUCGGCAGGGUAGAACGUGGUUUCAGCUGACUACUGGAACUAAUUGCUGUUCAACCAGUUGCAACAAAAACAGUGGGAAAGAGACAAGAAAGAUGCCGCCAAAAGUGCCAGGAAAAAAAGCCAAGAAGGAACGCACCAAAAAGAUGGGAAAGGGCAAGAUCCAAACCGCCCUCACAAGUCUCAUGGAGGGAGAGGACAACAUGAAAAAAGCUGUGAAUCAAGCCUUUAAGAAACUGGACGCUAACGAGAGUGGGUUCUUGGAGAAAGACGAACUGUUCGAGGCACUGAACGACAUCCUUGGUGCGGCUGACGACGAAAAGGGGAUUGGGAAAAAGCAGUUCGACAAAUUUUUCGCAAAUUUGGACAAAGACGGCGACGGGAAAGUCUCCAAGGAAGAGUUCGCUAAGCGAGCUAGAAGACUCUUUAAGAAGAUGCAUGAGGAGCCAGAUGCUGAUGACGAUGAUGAUGAUGACUAGACCCCGAGCAGGUCGGCUCAGUGACUUGGUCCCCUUUCGAACGGAUGGUCUAAAUUAGGCCACAGCAAAUAAAUUUUAUGGAUGACAUCCACCGCAGACUCCAAAUCUAAUGCGAGCGGGCGAAAAAAAAUGGG